ACAUCAGUAAUAACGACAUCAUUCUGCUACCUGGACUCUGAUUCUGUCAUUAACCCGUUCUUCUGAUGAACGACCCCUCUGCAGCUCCCACCGCGCAUCCUCCUGAUGUUACAAACCCCAGCAGGAACACAUCGUCCAGCCACCCACGCGCACGCUGAAAGUGACUGACAGAGAUAGAGGAGGAUCACGCGCAGAAUCGGACAGCAGACAGAAGGAGCCUUCAUCCUCUUGAUCUUCAGGACCGUUGGAGGGGAAUCCCGGCGGUCACACCAAAGGGGGCGUUACCACAGCUUGUGUGCGCGUGUGUGUAGCACGUGCAGCCUGAGAGCCGAACUUCUCUGAUCCUUCAGCUGGUUGUUAGGUGCCUGUCACCGCUCUUAUCGAUUACUGGUCGGCAGGAUCUGUGCGCGUGUGCCUGGGUGACUGAUCCGCAGCUCUUAUCAGCCAUGGCAGGAGGUAGGACCAACGUUAGCGGCUUGUGACCGCAGCUGAUACUGGAACUGUGACCGGACCUGGUGAUGACAUCCAGUUUAAAACGUUUGAACCGGCUUUAAACUUUGACGUUUGAUCACUUUGAAGAGCCAACAAACACUGACAUCACAUCCGGUGACUGCUUGACUAGAUUAUCAACACCAGAUGACUGAGCUACAUUAAAGUAACCAUCUGUAGUAGCUGAGCUUGUGACAUCAUCUGGUCCACGUGAUGACGUAAUCAUAUGCUGUAACAUCAGCUUGUGGCCUGCAGGGGGAGAUGGCUGCCACUUACAGCAGCCGCGACAUUGUGGACAGUUACCUACGCUACAAACUGCUUAGCAGAGAUGUGACCUGGCAUUUCCCAUCAUCACGCCAGGCAAGCCGUCAGCAGAGGCGUACUGAUGUCUCAUCACUGUCCCCACGGAGAUCUGAGACGGCAUGGAGGUCAAACCAAGACCCGGCUCCAGACAAUCUACAGCGAGUCCCGUCCCAACUGCAGGUGGCGCUGCAAAGUGCCAGUGACAAGUUUGAGCAGUGUUACCAUGGUGACCUGUCUGCCCAGGUGUCUGCUCUGCAAAGGUGGAUGGACAGCAGCAAUGAAGCGCCAUGGCGCAGCCUGACUGUGAUUAGGAAUGAGUUGUUCAGGGAUGGCGUGAAUUGGGGGCGCAUUGUGACCAUGAUGGCCCUGGGCGGAGCUCUGAGCGCUGAGGUGGCUGGGACAGGUGAAAUGGGUCAGUUGGACAACAUAGCUGACUGGAUGGUGGAAAGUUUGGACUCACCACCACUCCAAAGAUGGAUAGAAGAGAACGGAGGAUGGGAUGCCUUUGUAGAGCUGUAUGAGUCCAGACCCCCUGUCAGUUUCUGGUCCAUGAGGACAGUGUUUGGGUUGGUCGUGCUGGGAGCAGCUGGGAUAACACUGGGAGCCCUCUUCACCCAGAGAUAAAACCUGCAGGUCAAGGCUGAUCUGACCUGGACCAGGAUAAGAUCCCGUCCUGUCAGCAGCCUGGCAGUCUACCAUGCUGCUGCCAUCAGCUUUUACACAGAGUCUGCUGACACACUGGGAAGGAUUUUUAUUUUUAACCUUUGAAGACUUCAGCAUACCCAAAUGUUCAUUUAGUUUGCUACUUUCAUUUAUAUCUACAUCUGCUUUUUUGCCUGAUUAAGCAUAGUUUAAGUGAACAAUGAUGAUAUGCUGAUGGGAACCAGUUUGGCUGAGUCAUGCUGGACCUGUUUACAGGACUGAAGAAAGUUGGAUGUUGAACAAGUUGUUUCUUCCAUUCAAGAAAGAAAAGUUUGAAGAGAUGGUUUGGUUUAAGGACCAAGAUUUAAGAAUUCAGUUAAUCAUUAGUAGCUCAUUGACGAUGGGACAUUGAGUAGUGACCAGUUUUCUUUUUAUAUGAUUAACUGUGUAGUCAAUCUAAAAAAUAAAAUAAAUAAAAAAA